CAUCAUCCUUAGCGGUCCGGUUUCACCAGAGGGAAGAUGGCGGCGCUAAGUGGAACAAGGCUGCCGCUGCGUUUUUAAAAUCAACCAAAACCGACCGCGGGUUCUUGGAGAAGCUCGUCCGGGUCUUAGGCAGCUUGUCGGGGAACCCGGGGCGGAUGCUGCGGCCUCAGAGCCGUCACGGGAGCGCGGAAGAUUAGCUUCAGGUUGUCCCGGUGUGACCACCAUCCUCCCAGCCUUGCAGGGUGACCUCUGUGCCCCCUCAUGGACUUGACUCCAACUCUAGAUUUGAAAAGGAGGCUCGCCUCCCCCUCGCCCCCGGCUGGAGUUGGGGAGACUUUCGGGAGUCUUGGUCGCUCUCGCUCCUCGUCUCUCUCACCGUCAUCUUACCCGUCCUCCCCCCUGUCCACAUCUUCAUCAGUGGGGGCUUAUCAAAACCAUGUAAAAAGUCAGAGAGGGGUGUCCUCCACAUCUGCCUCUGUAGCUUCUCUUGUCACUCCUGCACCCCCCACCACCCUGGACUUCUCCCACGCAUCAAUGCAGCCAGGUGGAGAUUGUAGUGACGAUGGUCGGAAAAAGAUGUACGACCCUUUCAGUCCCACUGAUGGAGAGAAGGAGACAAGGAUGGAGGAGAAAGGGGGAGACGGAGAAAAGUACGACCCUUUUGACCCCACUGGCUCCCCGGCAUCAGAUGAGGACAACAAGAGCGACAAAGAAAGGAUUUUAAAGGUGGAUGAUGAUGAUGAUGAUGAUGAGGAGGAGAAAGAUGAAGAACCUCCAGAUUCCACAGACACAUUGACGGACCUGCCGAGCCCCCAGCUGACCACCAAGCUCCCUCUGAGGAGGAGGGUGGAGCGUCGCACCAUCAGACCUGGGGGCCUGAUGGACAGUGUUGACUCUGAUAAUUCUGAGAUUGAGGAAGGAGAAAUCGUUGGAGUCACUGACAGAGAUGGGAUCAAAAAAAGGCUGAAUGAAGAAGACCCGACUCUGAGCUCUCCCAAGAUCUCCUUUUUUGCCUCAAAGCCGGAGCGAAUCCUCCGGGUUCUGGACGGAGACGGAUUUGUGUCUGUUUGUGCCGAGGGAAACUGGGAGGACGAGCGGGAGGACGAGCCUGUGGUCGGAGUUGAAGAUCUGAGAAGGAAGCUGGUAAGCAGGAGGAAGGAAAGAUAUCUCUCCUUUCCUGCCUCAUCACCUCCUUCGCCCCAGCAGCCAAGACCUCCCCCUUCUCCUUCCCCUCCCCCUGCAGAAGAGCCCAGUAAAAGCCACAAGUCCUCCAAGAGCACCAAGGACCAAGACCGGCAAAAAAGCAAAGAACGCAAGGCUGGAGAGAAAGAGACGAAGAGAAAAAAGAGAAGGAAAGGCAAAGACGGGGAUCGGGACUGGAGCAAAGACAAGGAGCGAGGAAGCAAGGCUGGAAAGGAGGUAAAAGCAAGGAGGAGCAGCAGGAGCAGCAGUCGAAAGAGAAAGAGAAGACGGCAGAGCAGCCCAGAGGCCUCCCGCUCCUGCAACUCCUCAAGAAAGGGAGGUCACUCCAGAAGGUCCUUCUCAAGCCUCUCAGAGGAAAGACACAGAGAGAGGGAAAAAGAGAAGGACAAGGACAAAGUUCGAGACCGAGACAAAGGCAGAGAGAAAUCCAGAGACCGGUCCAGAGAAAAGGACCGGUCUCAUGAUAGAGAUAAAGGACGGGAUAGAGGAGAAAGGGAUCACAGGAGCAGUAGUAGCCGUAGACGAAAUGACAGAACGCACGACAGUCGUUCCAGAAAGAGAGAGAGGAAGGAGAAGCCUCAUUCAAGCAGCAGAGAGCGACCCUCCGCAAAGACCUCCAAGAGGAGCAGGGAGACACGGGAUAGCAACCGAGACCGGCAUCACGACAGGGAGCGGCGCUGCGAUGGCCGCCCUGUGGUUCCUCCCUCCAUCCAGGACCUCAACGGGGCUGACCUAUUCGCCAUCAAACGAACCAUCACAGUCACCACAACCACCACCACCACCACCGUACCCGGCUCCCCGAGGCACGCUCCCACAUCCCCCUGCCGAAUCACAGAGGUUGCUGAUCCCCACAAGAGGAAGAAGAGAAAGUGGCACUCAUCUGUGGAUGUGGAGGACCGCCGAAGGAGUCGCAGCUGCUCGCCGCCACUCUCACCACCAAGAUACCAUGGCUACGGCUCAGACCGUUACUCCGACAAACUAGAGAUCGAUGUCUUGUCUUUGGAUGGUGAAGCUUUAGACUCAGACUACCCUUCUUUAGAGGAUACGCCUCCUGCUGCUCUGCCUCCAGAACCUCAUAUUGCCAGCCCCAAACCCAAAUCCACCCCCAAGACUGGACAGAACCGCUCCAAGAAGAAGUCCCACACUCUAAAGAAGUCUGAGUCCUCCUCCAGUAGAGCCACAGGCAAAUGUCUGUCCUCGCUGACGGUCACGUCGGGUUCUGCCUCCGCCUCGCCGGGCCUCCCCUCAGUGAAGAGACCCAGAAAACUGGGGAAGGAAAAGGGCCGAGACAACAACAGGAAGGACCUGAGCCGGCCGGGGAAAUCCAAGAAGGAGACAGGCGGCAGUAGAAAGGGCAAGCUUCAGUCCAAAGUGUCUGUGCUGGUUCGGGAGGGGGUGAGCAGCACCACGGGGGCUGGAGUUGGCCCAGGGAAGCUGAGCAUGGACCUUCUGGGUCCUGGAGGGGCAGGAGGGGGAGCUGGUGGCUCAGUGGUUGGAGGAUCCAUUGCAGUGGUCUUCUGCAGGGAUAAUGAGAGCAGAUCACCCUUCCUCAAGCCCUGUUCAGAGCCGCUGUCACUGGGGGGCCGCGGUAAGGACCUGACCAGCUUGGGUAAGCGAAGCAGUUUGGCUGGACCACCGUCAUCCCUAAGCGGCCCUGCAGGACUGAAACCCAAAAAGACUAAACCAAGUUCCAUCACAUCCACCUCCUCCUCAGCGUCCUCACCCUCAUCGUCUCUGGCGACCAAACGCCGCCGUCGCCUCGCCAAAAAGGCAAAAGAAAAAAGUGGAGCCAUUGGUUCAACUGCAGAAGACAGCAGCCAAUCAAAACCUGCGUCUGAAAGUUGGGGCGGAACCUCCUUUGAUGGUCAUUCGGUUGCUAAAGAGAGCGGGAGUAAGACAAUCAGCCCUCACACUGGCCAGACUGGCCCUGCUCCCUCCUCCUCCUCCUCCACCUCAUCAUCCACCAGUGUGCUCCCGCCCUCCUCCUCUCCUCCACACACUCCUCCGUCAUCCGCUGCUCCUCUGAGGGACACCCGAGAGUCUUCACCCGACUCUCAGACUGUGGACAGCAGCUGCAAGACGCCAGAACCCUCCUUCUUGGUGGAGGACGGUCCGGCCCGGAGCAGCCCCACACCGGCCCCUUCUAGUCCCUCCAGUCUGUCCACGCCGCAGGGCGCCGCUCUCACCAGUGUCUUGACCACACCCACCGCAAAGCACCAACCUCCAGAUGACACACCUAAGUCAGCGUCCUCUCCUCCUUCAUCGUCUUCGUCAGCAGGCGGAGGCCUCAAUUCCCUCUCUCUGCCGCUGUCUUCGUCCGAUCCUUCCUCCUCAUCCUCUGUGUCGUCCUCCUCUGCCAGCAAGCCUCCUCCUCCUCCACCCCCGCCUCCCCUGGCAGCAUCCACCCUCCCCUGGAGCCUGCAGACUGGUGUGGACUGCACAACUGGGGGGGUUCUAGCAUUGACCGCUCUGCUCUUCAAAAUGGAAGAAGCCAACUUGGCCAGCAGAGCAAAAGCUCAGGAGUUCAUCCAGGCCACCAGCCAGAUCCUCUCACAGGCCAAUCAGAGCCAGGCGCAGCAGCUUGCUCCUCCCCCCUCUGCAUUGACCACCUCACAAAUCCCUCCCCCUCCUGGACUGCCUCCACCUCCUGGUCUCAGCCCCGCCCAGUUCAUCCUUCACAGCUCUCUCCCUUUGGUUGGAUGCACCAAGACACCCCCACCUCAUCUCCACGCCUCCAUGGCAUCUGGCUGUGCGCAGACCCCCCCCUCUGUCAUGCCGGUGGGGCUGUCGGGGGGCUCCAGUGAUGCAGCAUGGGAGAAUGAGGCCAAAGACCCUGAUAAGUACCUGAAGAAGCUGCACACGCAGGAGCGCGCAGUCGAGGAGGUCAAGCUCGCUAUCAAGCCUUACUAUCAGCGCAAGGACAUCAACAAGGAGGAGUACAAAGACAUCCUUCGGAAGGCUGUGCAUAAGAUCUGUCACAGCCGCACUGGAGAAAUCAACCCGGUCAAAGUCAGCAACUUGGUCAAACUUUAUGUUCAACGCUACAAGUACUUCCGGAAACACGGACGAAAAAUGGAUGAAGAAGAAAGAGAAGAACGGGAAUCGGGAGCUCUGUACCCCUCUACCUGAAAAAAACUGCUUCUCAUCAUCCAGACCUCCACUCUCUCUCUCUCCUCCCUUCUUCAUCGUCUUUAAAGCUCACUCGUUUAGUCUGACCUCCUCUGUAUGCUGUAAAUAUGUCACAUGUAGAAACCACAACAGAAAUGCAUCGUUUAGGAGGGGAGCUGCAGGUGAGCUGCAAUAAACCCCAUCUGCGUGAAGAUCCAUAUGUGCUGAAGGUUUCACACAAACGGCUCACUCGCAGCUGAAUCUGUUGGAUGAACACUAACACGUCAGUCUCUGUGGAGGCGGGGAUCGCACUCCUGCUGUCUGCAAAGACGCUCAAACAAGUUAACCCUCCGACUUUCUUAUUCUGUCUGUACUGUGUGCAUGUGUUACUGAGGUUGAGAAAGAUGCCAGAUGUCUUUAUAAAAUAACGACCUACAAAUAUAAAUGUUUCUUGAAAGUCGA